AUGCAUCAUGGUCAUUUGAGGGCGAUGUUGCAGCGUCUAAGGGACCAAAAGCUAUACAAAAAACUUAGCAAGUGUAGCUUCUGGCAAAGGAGUAUUGGGUUCCUAAGACUCAUUGUCUCGGACCAAGGUGUAUCAGUUGAUCUGGAGAAGAUUAAAGCCAUUGAGGAAUGGCCAAGACCAAAGAAUGCUUUGGAAAUAAGGAGUUUUUUUGGCUUGGCGGGAUAUUACAGAAAGUUUAUGAACGGAGUCUCAAGUUUAGCCAAAUCAUUGACGCGGCUGACCGGGAAGGAUGCGAAGUUCACAUGGACGGAGGAGUGGGAAAAAGAGUUUCUCCGGGCUGAAGGAAAUGUUAACAAGCGCACCGGUUCUAGCCUUACCAGAAACAGAUGA